AGAAGCCGCGGCGGCAGCACGCGCCGGACGAGGUUUGGCUCGCGGCGCCGCGGUUUUUCCCGGCCGGACCUCGGGCUCCCGGCGGCUCCCGAGCCGCGGCGGGAGAAAAUGAAGAAUGAAAUUGCUGCUGUUGUCUUCUUUUUCACAAGGCUAGUUCGAAAACAUGAUAAGUUGAAGAAAGAAGCAGUUGAGAGGUUUGCUGAGAAAUUGACUUUAAUACUUCAAGAGAAAUAUAAAAAUCACUGGUAUCCAGAAAAACCAUCAAAAGGACAGGCCUACAGAUGUAUUCGUGUCAACAAGUUUCAGAGAGUUGAUCCUGAUGUCCUGAAAGCCUGUGAGAACAGCUGCAUCUUGUACAGUGACCUGGGCUUGCCGAAGGAGCUCACUCUGUGGGUGGACCCGUGUGAGGUGUGCUGUAGGUAUGGAGAGAAAAACAAUGCAUUUAUUGUUGCCAGCUUUGAAAACGAGGAUGAGAACAAGGAUGAAAUCUCCAAGAAAGUUACCAGGGCCCUUGAUAAGGUUACCUCCGAUUAUCAUUCAGGAUCCUCCUCUUCAGAUGAAGAGACAAGUAAGGAAGUGGAAGUAAAACCCAGUUCGCUGACUGCAACCCCAAGCCCUGUGUACCAGAUUUCAGAGCUGAUAUUUCCACCUCUUCCAAUGUGGCACCCUUUGCCCAGAAAAAAGCCAGGAAUGUACCGAGGGAAUAGCCAUCAGAGUCACUACCCUCCUGUUCCAUUUGGCUACCCAAAUCCAGGAAGAAAGAAUAAGCCCUAUCGCCCAAUUCCAGUAACAUGGGUACCUCCUCCUGGAAUGCAUUGUGACCGGAAUCACUGGAUUAACCCUCAUAUGUUGGCGCCUCACUAGCUGCUUUUGUUUAUUAGUUCUGCUGAUAGGAAGGUAGACUAUACCUUACUGUAUGUUCAGAGUUCAUACUUGUAGUGAAGUUAGAUGGCAAAACCAUCAAACUUAUUUUUAUAGAGAAGUUGCUGAGAAUCUUUCUUAAAAAGUAUAUAUACGCACUUUAGAUAUAUUGAUAUAGUUUCAGAAAAUUUAUUAAAGUUAGUCAAGUGCCUGAGUUUUUAAUAUUGGACUUGAGUAUUUAUAUAUUGUGCAUUGACUCUGUUGGAUACAAAAACACUGUAGGAGUGGACGAUGUGUUCUAGCACCUUUAAGCAUUUACUUUAUGGAGAGUAUGUAAAUUAUUUAUACACAAGAAAAUCUAUUUUAUGUCGUUUAGAACAAUUGCGUGAAAUCAUGUAGUUGCAAAUAAAAAGUAGUUCAAGGCA